AUGGCUGCACCGGCACAGAUGACGCGAGACGAAUUUUUGGAGAAAGUACAGACAAACCUCGGCUGGUAUGGGGCGGAUCGUGGAGUAUUCUGCGGGGAUGAAGCUUGCUUCUACGUUAAGGACACGUUUGGCGGGGUUACUGUGGGUGAUCGCCCAGUCCGGGGUAUUUAUAUUUUCGGGUUUGGCACCGUCGCCGUUUCGCAGGCUAUUUUGAACAUCCCCGACGAAUGCACCGAGGCCAACCUCGACACGGCACUACCAAAUGACGAAAACACCGAUGGCAACGUGCUUUUCCUUGGGCUGGGCGGGGGGACGUUGAACAACCUGCUGACGGCCGGCUAUCCAAAUAUAAACGUGACCUCGGUCGACAUCAACCCCGUGAUGAAGGAGAUGGCCGUGCAACUUUUUGACAAUGUUGAGACCGAGAAAAAUCACAUUGUCAUCGUAGAUGGGGUGGAGUUUAUGAGGGCUGAGAUUGCGAGGGAAGCGCAGUACGACGCGAUUAUCGGCGAUGUAUGCUACAAUAACGGCGAUAAGCCCAAUAUCUGCCCGAUCGAUUUGUUCCUGGAUGAUAACGUUGCCGCGUUAUAUAAGCAGCUUUUGAAACCAACUGGUUUUCUGGCCCAUAAUGUCGUCGCACGAGGCGAGCUGACGUUCCAGGAUGAGAUUAUCACAAAUAUCCUCGCCCUGCACAAGCGUCAUUUCGGCGAUGAUAAUUGCGUCAUGUACAAGUGCCAUUCGAUUAGAAAUUUUGUUUUAAUGUGCCGACCGAGUGGUAUGCCAUCUUCUGAAGAUUUUCAACGGGUAGAGCGCGAAUUUGCCGCUAGAUUCGGGUACCAGAUUGUCGAGGAUCCGCUG